AUGUGCCGGGUUAGUUUCAACCAGAAUCAUUCGCUAACCAUUAUACUAUGUCAAGGCCACCCAAUAAAAUACGGCCACGCUGAUUGCUCGGUUAUUUCAGGCAAAUCUUUAUUCACCUACCCACUCUCUCUAUCGCUCUUACGUCUAUAUCCCUUCUUCUACCUUCUUCUAUUUGUCUUACUUUCUCUAUAUCUCUCUCCUUCUCUAUACCACCAUUACUCUAUCCUUUAUGGUUCUCCAUUUGUCUAUAUACAUCUCUCUCUUUCGCUUGCGCUCUAUUUUCUCCUUCUCCGUCCGCACUCAAUGUCUAUCAAUAUUUCCCUCUCUCUCUCUCUCUCUCUCCUCUCCUCUCUCCCCUCCCUCCUCUCUCUCUCUUUCUCUCUCCUCUCUCCCCUCCUCCCUCUCCUCCUCUCCCUCCCCUCCCCCUCCCUCUCCCCCUCCUCCUCCCUCUCUCUCUCCUAUCUGUUCAGAACACUCUAUAUCUCUACUUCUUUCCCCAUUUCAUGGCCUUUCACUUCUUUAAACCCUCUCUCUAUUUCUAUAUCUCUCACUCUCCUCUUUAUUUCUCAAUCACUCUCUAUAUAUUUCCCCUUCUUUCUUUUCCUCUCUAUCAUUCUUCUUUAUUAUAGAACACUCCCUAUCCCACUCUCUCUAUGUGUAUAUAUCGCUCUACUCUUCAUUUCUCUAUCGCUCUCUAUACAUUUCUCCUUUUCUCUUCCUCUCUAUUUUUCUCCUUUAUUAUAUAUGUCUUCUUGUCCCAUUCUCUCUUUCUCUCUCCCUCUCUCUCAUUCCUCUUUGUUUCUCUAUCGAUCUCUAUACAUUUCUCCCUCUUUCUCUUCCUCUCUAUCAUUCUCCUUCAUUAUAUAUCUCUCCUUAUCCCACUCUCUAUAUCUCUAUCUAUCUUUCUCUGUUCUCUCUCUCUAUCUACCGUUUCUUCUGUUUUCUGCUUGUUCUGUUAUUCUCUCUCUUUUCUUAUCUCUCUUGAUCUCUCUAUUUCUCUUUUUUUAA